GCAAGCACUCUUCGACACCUUUAUUCCCAAACAUCAGAUUCGGCAGUGAGAACAGAAGGAUCCAAACACAUAAUCUGAUCUGCUAUCAACGCAUCCAAACACCCCUGCGGCCCUUUGCCAAGACCAGCCUGAAUUGCAAGACCAACCAAGAAGCACGCCCUUCAGAGGUACAAGCUGAAGACGAAUCUAUCCAUUCAACACCGACAACAUGGUAGUCUGCAACUUCUACCUCCGUGGACAAUGUCGAUACGGCUCGUCUUGUCACAACGACCAUCCGCCCGGUCUGGAAGGUUCACAACGUCCAGGAGGGAACGCAUCGAAUGUAGCUAGGCCGUUCGGUACUUCGGCGUUCGGAGCUCGACCAGGUGGAUUCGGGGGAACGAGCCCGUUUGGUAAUCCAGCCGGGGUAGGGACGAAUGGCAAUAACACCAAUAACACUGCUCAAGUUCAAGUGGCACCCGGAAGCGUCGUAACCCGGGAAGUCUUCCAAGCGGACCUCCAACGUGAGAAACCCGCCUGGCCAUUGAGCUCGUACGGUCAAAAGGAAGAUCCGUGUCUCUUGGCCGGACUGGACGUCUCGCCAGAGGAGAUGAGGUGGAAAGCCAUGCAAGCGCAGAUGAGGGGGGAUAUGAACGCUUACAUUUCGGAGGAGCAGCAACUUAUCGCCAAUGCCAACAACCAAUACACUCAGGUGUUGAACAACAUGGACGCGGCGAUCCAGCAGAGUGAACAGAUCCGAUUCAAUCGUCUGAACCAGGCUGCUUCCUCAUCAUCAGCGGCGGCUCCGACGUCCGCUUUUGGACAGCCGGCAGCUUCCACUUCGACCUCGGCUUUCGGUGCUCCUGCUGCUACAUCUGCGUUCGGACAGCCAGCUUCCACUGGCACGUCUGCGUUUGGACAGACCACCCCCGCUGCCUCGUCUGCAUUCGGACAACCAGCUCAGACGGCGUCUGCGUUCGGCUCAUCUGCAUUCGGAGCGAAGAGUCCGUUUGGAGCUGCGGCACCUGCGGGAGGAAGCGCAUUCGGGACGAGCGCUUUCGGACAAUCACCUGUAGCUGCCGUUUCGCCUGCAGCGACAACAGGCGGAGCCUUUGGGUCGAGCGCGUUUGGGGCGAAACCGGCUGGGUCAGCGUUUGGUUCGUCUAGCUUUGGACAACCUGCAGCGGUGACGGGAACGACAGCAGGAGGAGGAGGAGCUUUCGGGCAGUCCGGAGCGUUUGGGCAAUCGGCCUUCGGAGCAUCGUCCACAGCGGCACCUGCGGCUGGAAGUGCCUUUGGACAAAGCGCUUUCGGAUCGACUAGUCAGACGGGAGGGAGUGCGUUCGGGUCGAGCGGGGCUUUCGGUGCCAAACCCGCUACGACGUCGGCUUUCGGAGCGUUCGGAGGUGGUUCACCAGCAGCUACGACGGCUCCUGCACCAGGGACCGGGUUCGGGCAAAGCGCAUUCGGGGCCAAGCCUGCGGGUGGAUUUGGAGCGAGCGCGUUUGGACAGCCUGCCACGGGUAGCGCUUCUACGGGCAGUGCGUUUGGAGGUGCAUCACCUUUUGGACAGCCAGCGACGUCUGCAGCUGCCGCACCUUCUACUUUUGGGGCCGCUUCGCCGUUUGGAGCUGCUACAACGAAUACGACAGCACCUGCUCCGGCCGCAGGAGGGUUCGGACAAAGUGCGUUUGGAUCGACGUCAACGACCCAGCCUACAUCGGCUUUCGGGACGUCGGCUUUCACGAAUUCUAGCAACAGCCAGAACAACACAUCGAGCGCGUUUGGGAGUUCUGCAAACGCACCGACUUCAGGAGGAUUCGGAGCUUUCGGACAACCUGUAGCGGCAGCGGCGACCACCUCGGCGUUCGGGUCGACAACGCCUUUCGGAGCAGCAGCGCCUAGUCCCGCUGCACCUGCUGCUGCUGCUAGUCCGGCAGCAUUUGGGGGAACGACACCAGCAACGUCAGCCUUCGGCUCGACGAGCGCUUUCGGUCAGCCCGCUGCUGGCACAUCUGGAGGUUCGGCGUUUGGUUCGACGAGUGCGUUUGGGCAACCUGCCGCAAGCACGAGCGCAACAACCCAGCCACAAGCCUCGGCCUUUGGUUCUACCUCUACUGCUGUUCCGGUAGCUCCGACCGGUGGUAUUUUCUCUUCCAUCGCAACGGCACCAGCAACUUCUAGUACAGGGACGAACGCAGCCUACUCCGGACCUGGUCAAAGAGGGCAGACGGUCUGGGAUCACCUUCUGAAAUCGCUGGACACUUUACCGGAACUCGUAAAGAAAGCGUUCGAAGCGGACAAGUUUGAGAUGGGAGCUAUACCGUUGCAGCCGCCGCCUUUGGAUUGCAGAUAGGCGGUUCGCUUUAUACACUGUCAGUGAUCAGGGCGCUUGAGUAAGAUGGAGAAUGAAUCACGGAGAUGUCCUGGCAAUGCAUGGCAUUAUAACAUAGCAUGACAAGGUGGAUUGACUACACUCGGUGUAUCGGCAAAAAGUGAACAGGCAGUAUAUAGUAAUGUGGCGUCCUUGUUGAAAGAAGAGGUCGAUCCUGGUCUAAAGUGG